AUGAUUAUUGACAAGGCCAACGACGAAGAUGGAGAAACGGAAGUGUGUAUAGAUGUAGAAAAUAGCAGUGAUGAACCUAUAGACGACGCAUCAGUUGAGACGAAUUCAAAUAAUAGUAGAUCUGAUACUGUUAAUAAGGCAGAUUCAUCACUCAGUGAUGAUGAAUCUUUUGAUGAUUCGUCAGUCAAUGGUGGUGAAGUGAAAGAUGAAGAAGUAACUGUGGUUGAAGAUAAUGAAGUAAUGGGCACAAUAAGCUCAGAUGACAGCCUAAAUCGACGAGGCGUUGAAAUUCCAGUUGAAGUUGCAAUCUCUUCCAGAAGAGCAAAUGAUGCCUCCAAUGGUAACUAUUCGUGA